UUGGGCGCUGCACCGCGGCAAGAUGGCGGACAGGGAGGAGGCGCUGAGGGAGUUCGUGGCCGUGACGGGCGUCGAGGAGGAGCGGGCGCGAUUCUUCCUGGAGUCGGCCGGCUGGGACCUCCAGAUUGCACUUGCCAGCUUCUACGAGGACGGGGGUGACGAGGACAUCCUGACUCUGCCCCAGCCAACACCCAGCUCUGUCUCCAGAGGCACUGCAGCCAGUGACCACAGAGUAACAUCCUUCAGAGACCUCGUUCAUGCACAGGAGGAGGAUGAUGAAGAGGAGGAGGGACAGCGGUUCUAUGCUGGUGGCUCGGAGAGGAGUGGGCAGCAGAUUGUUGGUCCUCCAAGGAAGAAGAGUCCCAACGAGCUGGUGGAGGAUCUGUUCAAAGGAGCCAAGGAGCACGGCGCGGUGGCCGUGGACCGGACGGCCAAGAGCGGAGGCGAGACGAGCAAGCCUAAACCCUUCGCAGGGGGAGGGUAUCGCCUCGGGGCUACUCCGGAGGAGGAGUCUGCUUAUGUGGCUGGAGAGAGGAGACAGAACUCAGCCCAGGAUGUGCAUGUUGUGCUGAAGCUCUGGAAGAGUGGAUUCAGUCUGGACAGUGGAGAACUGAGGAGCUACCAGGACCCAUCCAAUGCCCAGUUCCUUGAGGAUAUCCGCAGGGGGGAGGUCCCAGCAGAGCUGCGCAGGUUGGCGCGGGGCGGGCAGGUGAACCUGGAUAUGGAGGAUCACCGGGACGAGGAGUAUGUGAAACCUAAAAGUGUCUUCAAAGCUUUUACUGGAGAAGGACAGAAGCUGGGCAGCACUGCCCCCCAGGUGAUGGGCACCAGCUCUCCAGCCCAGCAGGCAGAGAACGAAGCCAAGGCCAGUUCUGCCAUCGCUAUCGAUGAGUCGGAGCCUGUCACCAACAUCCAGAUCCGGCUGGCCGACGGGGGAAGGCUGGUCCAGAAGUUCAACCACAACCACAGGAUCCGCGACAUCCGACUCUUCAUAGUAGAUGCCCGGCCAGUGAUGGCUGCCACCAGCUUUGUCCUGAUGACCACCUUCCCCAAUAAAGAGCUGACUGAUGAGAACCAGACCCUGAAAGAAGCCAACCUGCUCAAUGCAGUCAUCGUGCAGCGGUUGACAUGAAGGACCCAGCUCUGGCCACAUGCCGGGCAGCACAGGCUCACAUCCACUCGUAGCUCUGGGGUCUUAGGUCUUGGUUGGACUUUUUUUUCUCCUUAGUUGCAUUUCCCCUGGGUUUGUUGUUUUGUUUUUUUUUUUUUUGGGGGGGGGCUGGUUUUCUUUGUUUUUUUUUUUUGUGAUGAUCAGUGGACUUUAAAAUAAAUAAAUGAAACAAA